CAAUAAACUUACACUUACAUAUAUAAUAUCACCAAAUACAUGUUAUCAUUGUUGACCAUUGUUGACCAAACAAUCCAAUAAAGUUAUCAAUUCAUGGGCCAUUCCAUUAUUAUUUGCACUGAAAUUCCAAGGAAAGAGCUUUCUUCAUCAUUUUUUCAUUCUCAUUCCCUUCCCAUAUAUACUGUUUGCUUCAAUUAAUCCAUUGGUUUCUUAUCAUAAUAACUCUAAUUAUAUUCUACAUAAUUAUUCAUUCUCAUCACUAAUCCCUACACAGAUUCAACACAUUACUUGUUGCUUUUGUCAUUGAUCAAUAAUAUGGCUGCUGAAUUGGUUGCUGGUGCUUUGCUCUCUGCUUCACUUCAGAUUCUGUUUGAGAGAUUGGCCUCUGAGGAUAUACCCAAGCUGUUCCAAGGAAAGAAACCCAUUCUGAAGCUGCUGGACAAGUUGAACACUAAGAUGUUAUCAGCUAACAAACUGCUCAAUGAUGCUGAGGACAAGCAACUGAGAGAUGACAAUGUCAAGAAGUGGCUUUUCAAGCUUCAAGAUGUCGUCUAUCAAGCCGACGACUUGGUGGACAUGAUGGACUAUGAAGCUCUGCGAUCCAAGCUUACAAGCUGCAAGACCAAGGUAUUUCGCAAACUGAAAUCGAUGCCACCUUUUGUGUUCAACUUUAAUAAAGCUGUACAGAGUGAUGCUACUGAGAUCCUUGAUACUCUAGAUGAUCUUCUUGCUCAAAGGGAUGCUCUUGGCUUGAGAGAAGGUGUUCAAAGCACUUCUUCUCAAAGGCCUCCUGCUCCUUUACUCGAACAAUCUGAUGUUUAUGGAAGGGAUGCUGAAAAAGAAGCCAUUUUUGAUUUGCUGCUGAAAGAUGAUGUUGGUGGUGGUACUAACAUUACAGUUAUCCCGAUUGUUGGGAUGGGUGGUGUUGGCAAGACCACUCUUGCUCAACUUGUUUUCGAUGAUGUUCGUGUUAUUAAUCAUUUUGAGCUAAGAGUAUGGGUUACAGUGUCAGAUCAGUUUGAUAUUUCAAAGAUAACAAGAGAGAUCUUUGAAAAGGUUACUUCUGAGGAUGUCACUUCUAGAAAGUGUGAUAUCAAGAACCCAGAAGAAAUUCGAAGAAGAUUGAAGGAAGCAUUACUGGGGAAGAAGUUUAUGUUUGUUCUUGAUGAUGUUUGGAACGAGUCUUAUACUUCGUGGGACUCUUUAAAGAGUUGUUUCGAUUCUGGAGCAAAUGGAAGUAAAAUUGUUGUGACUACCCGGAACGAAGCUGUUGCCUUUACUAUGGCCACUGGUGGGGAUAUUCAUAAUCUCCAAACAUUGUCAAGUGAAGAUUGUUGGAAGUUAUUUGUCAAACAUGCUUUUGUGCCCAACGAUGACCUCAGUACUAAGUACAAAGAUUUGGAGGAAUUGGGUAGACAAAUAGUAAACAAGUGCAAAGGCCUUCCGCUAGCAAUAAAAUCUCUCGGUGGAUUAUUGCGCUUUGAACGAAAUGUUGAAAAAUGGAAGGACAUACUCAAUAGUGACACAUGGGAGGAGUUGUACAAGAAGGAGGGUUCCAUUCUUCCAGCUUUAUGGUUGAGCUACCGUCACUUACCUACACGUCUCAAGCAAUGUUUCGCGUAUUGUUCCAUAUUUCCCAAAGAUUAUCAAUUUGAAAGAAAAAGAUUGAUUUUGUUGUGGAUGGCACAAGGUUUUCUGCCACUUGAUAAAAGUAGCAAAAAGAUGGAGGAACAUGGGGAGGAAUACAUUGAAGAUCUUUUAUCAAGGUCAUUGUUUCAACAUUCAAAUAAAGAAAAAUCAUUGCUCCAAAUGCAUGACUUGGUACAUGAUUUGGCCAUAUUCGUAUCAAAUAAUUUUUUCUUUAGGUUGGAUUUGAGUAAUGAUCUACUUAACCUUUCAACGAAGACACGACACUUGUCAUACAUGAAAAGGGAAUACGACAUCGACAAAAUUAAGGGCUUGCGUGUAGCUAAGAGCUUGCGUACCUUUCUAGCAUUGCCAUUCGAAUGUGAUUAUUCAUGGAACAACAAGGAGUAUGAUAUGUUGCUUACAAGUGGAAGUUGUUUAAGAGUUCUUUCUUUAAGUGAAUGCCGUAUGGAGAAGCUGCCUCAUUCAAUUGCCAACCACAAGCAUUUGAGGUACCUGGAUUUGUCUUACACUGAUAUUACAAAGUUACCUGAUUCAGUUUGUAAUUUGUACAAUUUACAGACUCUAUUAUUAUUUGGGUGCAAAGAGCUUCGUGAAUUGCCAAAGAAGAUGGGAAGGUUAAUCAACUUGCGAUAUUUAGAUAUUGAGGGGAUACCUCUGAAAGAUUCAGAAUUUCCCCAAGAGCUUAGUACUAUAAAACACUUGUACUUCUUAUCUGAUGUGGUUUUGAGUAGUGAUAGAAAUAGCAAUGGAGGAUUUAUUAUGAAAAAUGUAGGACAGCUUGAGAACUUACUUAGAAUUUCUGGGUUGGAAAAUAUCAAGGAAGCUAGAGAAGCUUUGGAGGCUAAUUUGAAGGAUAAGACAUGUCUUUCGAAAUUGACUUUGAAGUGGGAUUAUUUUGGUGUAGCUAAUAAUUCACAUAAGGAAAAGGAUAUACUUGAUGCACUUCAACCACAUACAAACUUGGAGCAUCUUGUGAUUGAUGGUUACAGAGGUUCAACAUUCUCAGACUGGAUUGGAGACACUGCAUUUUCUAAGUUGGUAUCAGUCAGCAUUAAUUUUUGUCAGAAUUGUUGUAUGCUACCCCCACUUGGGCAGCUACCAUGUCUCAAAGAUCUUAAGAUUUUUGGAUGUCGUAGGGUGAUCUCAAUAGGUGAUGAGAUUCUUGGUGAGAAGGGUCAUCUUCUAUUUAGAUGUCUAGAAUCCUUAACGUUUUCCUUCAUGACGGGGUGGAAAAAUUGGUCAUUUAGUAGUGAAGCUAUGCAACAAGGUCAAAUAUUAUUCCCUCUUCUCAAAAGGCUUAAUCUGUUUCUUUGUCCGAAUCUCAAUGUUGGUUUACCAGGUUGUUAUCUUCCAUCCUUGGAAGAUCUCAGAAUUGAGAAUUGUAAAGGAAUGGUGAGUUUCACAACCCCUCCCUCUCUUGUCGAGAUAUGUAUAGAUGAAUGUCCAGUGUUGGGAUCACACUCCAACGUAAAGAGGAUUACAUUAAGUUGCUCCAAAAGGCUGCAAAACGAUCUGCAUACAUUCUCAUCUUUAGAAUCCUUAUAUAUCGAAGGUUGGCAAGGUGAUUCUUUUCCCAACGAUGAGGGGCUCCUUCCGACCAAUCUGAAGACACUUGACAUUUCCGAUUGUAGUAAGCUUGAGACCCUAAAUGGAAAGGCCUUUCAACAACUCACAUCGCUUCAGACAUUGAUAAUUUUUAAAUGUGAAAGACUGUGGUGCUUGCCAAAAGAAGGACUGCCUAAUUCCCUUACUAAAUUGUCAAUUAGUGGAUGUCCUUUGGUACAAAAACGGUGUGAGAAAGGAGGAGAAGAUUGGCCUAAGAUUCAACACAUCACAGACGUGAAUUUUGAUCUCAUUCAUGGUCUUGUUAUUGUCGCAGCCAAAAAGUUUCUAAUGGCUGGGAACAAAUCGGUGUGAAUUUGAAGAAUGAUACAAAGACCAUGUAAGAAUCAUUAAUAAGUUCCCCUUUGACAGAAUUUGAUUUGAAAUGGAGAAAUUUAAACAGGACAAGGAAGCUGUAUUGUAUUUUGAUAAAGUUGGAAAACCACUGCAAUAUCAAUAUAAAAUGGCUAAAUCAUGAUCAUGAUGACAGGCAGCGUUCAGAGAUUUAUAUAGCAGAUGCUGAGUCUCAUUGAUUCUUCAAUCCAGUUUUGCAUCUCAAAGUUAACUAAUUAUUCUCUGUGUGUGUGUGUGUGUUUGCUUACCCCAUUUUGCAUUUGUAAUAGUAUUUGUAGCCUUUACUAAUAUCAUAAUCCCAAGUUUCUAUCUUUACAAGACAAAGAUUUUACCAACCCAUCAUCCAUCAAUUGGAUUCCUAGUCAUACCUAAUUUUAUAAAUAUUUUAUAGAAAAAGAACAUUUGAAUGAAAGUGAAAAUAUUAUGUUGUAUGGUUGAUAUUGAAACCAACACUUAAAAAGGAAGGAAUACCAAUCCGAAAUCUUACAAAAGAUCAAA